AACCCCCUCCAGCAGUGUAGCUCCUGCUCCGCCCCCUGUGCAUACCUGUGCUCAGGUAACUGCAGAAAGGCUGGAAGAUUGCAGAAGGCAGUGAGAGACAGCUCCCCGGAUUUACUAUCACAGCACUAAUUACCAUGUCCCUGUACAGUUUCGGGACAGAUCCAAUAUCCUGUCACGCGUGGAACCAGGACCGAACCCAAGUCGCCAUCAGUCCCAAUAACAACCUGGUGCAGAUUUACCAGAGAUCCGACAACGAGUGGAAGAAGAUCCACGAACUGACAGAACAUAACGGAAGGGUCACAGGUAUCGACUGGGCCCCCACUUCCAACCGCCUUGUCACCUGUGCGGCCGACAGAAACGCCUACGUCUGGUCGCUACGGGACGGCGCCUGGAAACCAACCCUCGUCCUUCUGCGCAUCAACCGCGCCGCCACCUGCGUGAAAUGGUCGCCCCGCGAGAACAAGCUCGCCGUGGGCAGCGGCUCCAAGAUCAUCUCCGUCUGCUACUUCGAGAAGGAAAAUGAUUGGUGGCUGAGCAAACACAUCAAGAAAUCCAUUGGCUCCACCAUCCUCAGCCUGGCCUGGCACCCCAAUAAUGUCCUGCUGGCCGCGGGGAGCAGUGACUUCCAGUGCCGGGUAUUUUCGGGGUACGUGAAGGAAAUCGACGACAAGCCGAGCCCGACACAUUGGGGGACCAAGAUACCUUUCGGGGAGCUGUUGUUCCAGAGUGGGGAGAAGGGGGGAUGGGUACACGGAGUGGCCUUCUCGCCCAGCGGUCGGUACCUGGCCUGGGUCGACCAUAACAGCUGCGUCAGUGUCGCCGAUUCGGCCGAAGACAAAGCGGUGACGCGGCUGAGUACCGAGUAUCUGCCCUUCCUGUCGCUGCUCUUUGUGAACGAGUGCCAGCUCCUCGCCGCAGGGCAUGACUGCGCUCCCUAUCUCUUCUCAUACGGCGGCUCGGGGAAGUUGGACUUCGAGGCCAAGAUUGACGUUCAGAAAGAGACCACCAAGACCGCCCUCUCCGCGAUGAGCCACUUCCGUAACCUGGACAAGAAGGGGGCGAAGGAGAGUGAGCGCUCCGAUGUGACCACCCUGCACCAGAACAGCAUCAGCCAACUGUCCAUCGUGGAUGGAGACCCGUCCGACGUAACCGCGUUCAGUAGCACCGGGAUCGACGGCGCUUUGGUUAUCUGGUCGCUCAAGGCCUGACUGCCCAGCGAGCUGUCUCUCAUGGGAGCGCCCGGAGCGGAUCUGGAACCCUGGGAAACCCGAGACCCCCACAUGCCUCACACAACUGUGAAUACCGGGCGGCUGCCAACUUCCGCUGCUUCACUUCCAUCUGCCCCAUAAUGGGCCGAGCACCUGCUGCCCCCUUAAUCCCCGGCCCCGGGGCCCCUUAAUCCCACCCUAAUAUAACCUUUCCUAUGGGGAGAGUGUGACCCCGGGGCCCCUUAAUCCCACGCUAAUAUAACCCUUCCUAUGGGGAGAGUGUGACCCCGGGGCCCCUUAAUCCCACGCUAAUAUAACCCUUCCUAUGGGG